AGAUAUCGUGGGGACAGUCUGGGGUACGCGUAGUAGCGUCGAAAAUCACGUUUGCUAAGGGAGCGAGGAGGGAAAACAGGGGCGACAGGGGGGAAAGGAAGGAGAUUCGGCGAAUCUCCUCCACCCAUCUGCUAUAAAUUCGCUUCUCCUCUUCUCUCCUUCGACCGCUAUCUCUCUCUCCCCUGUCCGCGGCCGUCCUCUUUGAUCGGAGGAACAGAGCUUAACAUCGUUGGGUUUAGCGAUUUUGAGGAGAAGAUGUCGGAUUUAACCAACUCCCAUGCUGCCGAGAGUUCUAUCUCUGGACUCGCUCCUCUUGAAGCUGUUUUGUUUGAUGUUGAUGGAACACUAUGUGAUUCAGAUCCUAUGCAUUACCAUGCUUUUCGAGAAUUGCUGCUAGAGAUUGGUUACAAUAAUGGUGUACCCAUAACGGAGGAGGACUUCAUUGAGAAAAUCGCUGGCAAGCACAAUGAGGACAUUGGCAAAGCUUUAUUUCCUGAUUGGGAUCACGAGAAGGCUGUGAAAUUCAUUGAUGAUAAGGAAGCUAUGUUUCGGAGGUUGGCAUCUCAACAGUUGAAUGCAGUGGAUGGGCUCUACAAGCUACGAAAAUGGAUCGAGGAUAGAGGCUUAAAGUGUGCAGCAGUAACUAAUGCUCCAAGGCCUAAUGCUGAGCUUAUGAUUUCGAUACUUGGACUGUCUGAUUUCUUCCAGCAUGUAAUAGUUGGGAGUGAAUGCGAGAGAGCUAAACCAUUUCCUGAUCCUUACCUGAAGGCUGUCAAGCUUCUCAAUGCAUCUCUUGAACACUCAUUGGUGUUUGAGGAUUCUGCGUCAGGAAUAAAAGCUGGCGUGGCAGCAGGUAUUCCUGUAGUUGGAGUGAUGACAAGAAAUCCUGAAAAGUCACUUAGGGAUGCAGGAGCCAGUUUGCUUAUAAAGGAUUACAAUGACCAAAAGCUUUGGAAGGCACUGGAAGAUCUAGAGAGAGUGGAAGCCACAUUGAAGAAGGCUGAUGUUUGAGGUGGAUUUAUUCUUCAUUAGAUGAUAAAUAUAGUAUGGAUUACGGAAUAAGGGUAAAAUUGUGGCAUUUCAACAGGAGAAUUUAUUUGUGUACAACAACUUUACACAGACAAAUAUGCGAUUCUUUUUGGAAUUGUAAGGUCAUUUGCAAUGCCGAGGUCCUCUUGCAUCGCCAAUGAUCAAGAAAUUUGCAGCGAUACUCUCAGAUUUAACUUAAUGUGAUGGCAGUAGAUGUAACACCACCAAUUUGUUGUUCCCGUUGGUUAUCGUCAACGGUGAUAAAGACAGUACUACUGUAUUAUAAUCAUCAUAUGAAUUAAUGUUAUAAUUCUCUUUAGUUUGGAUGUU